AUGCAACCCCAGGGAACUUCAUAUGGCUUUAUUGUUAUUCAGUUGUGUCUAACUCUUUGUGACCCCCUGGACCGACUGUCCAUGAGACGAUCCAACGUUCUAUCCAUUCCAACGCCCUAUCUUCAAUCUCCAAACCGUGGGGCGGGGCGAGGAGACAUCACCACCGCCCCAAGAACAACCCCGGCCAGCAAUUUCAUCUUGCGAAUCCCAGGACUCACCCUGGCCUUGAUCAUACAGAUUGAGCAAGGAACAGAGCCAUGGGUCUUAGGCCACCUUGACCCCAAGGAGACAGAUACUAUGGCUGACCUCUUUGGAGGAAAGAUGAAAAAUAAGAUUCAUCGUCGUCGUCACAAACCUGAAGUGAAACACAAAAGAUCAGAGAAGAAUGUUCUACAAAACCCCAAGAACACACAAAUACUUACAGAGCCUGAGGAAAAAACAGACUACUCCCAAUCCCAGAAAAACAUGGGACCACCAAAGGAAGCCAUAGUCCAAGGGGAUCAAAGUCAACUAGACCCCUACAUUCAGACCACCAAAUGGACUUCAGUGAACAUCAUUGCUGCAGAAAUGGCGGAGAAACGUCACCUUGCCGAUGAAGUUGCCCAGGGCUCCUUCUCCCCUAUGCAACGCUAUUUGGACAGACUUAACUCCAACGUAGAAAACCUCCUACAGGUGGUACAGGACAGUUUUGUCCAGCAACAGAAGGUCAUGUCAGUCUUAGAUGACAUGGCCUCUGAACUCCAUGAGGAAGUUGAAUUCCUGAAAGUAAAAUGGGGGGUGUGAUUAGGGGAAGGAAAAAGGAAAGAAAUGAGGAAAGCGUUGGGGUUGAUGAAUUAAACAAAGUUGUUUUGGUAA